GAAGUGCGAGGAAGUAGUGGAUUAAAUGUUGUGCGCGGAUUAGGAAGGUCCAGAAAAUUAAUUAUACUUUCUUCUGAGAAGAAAAUCUAUGUAUAUUUUUUACUAUUAUUAUUUUUUUUUGUCUUUCUACCUCAAAGCUUUUAUCAAGCCUUAUUUUUUUUGCCUUCCAAGAGUUUACAAGUGAGACAAGAUAAAGUAACUGCAGGGCAUUCCGCGACCAGCCACAACUAUGAAUAACCUUCCAAGUACUUCCCUCAUAUGAACCUUGACACUUAUGCACUUUAAUAAUAGAAACAGUUACCUGUCUGAGCAGCUCCCGUUGCGCUUUCGUAAAGCACUCGCCACAAAGCUGCAGCCAAACGUUUCCUUCCUCCUUCGACCAUGUUCCAGAAGUUUACCAGUUGCCUGUUUGGGGAGCCUGCAUAUACUGAUGGCGCAAACACAGAGCCUGACUUGAGUGAAAAGGAAGAGGAGGACGACUGGAUUCUUGUGGAUUUGGAUGGCCACACUAACACCUUUACAGAAGAUGCCUGUGAGAAGGACCUUUCUUCCUUUGAGCACGACACCCCUUUGACCAGCUCCUCAUCUUCUCAAGAAGUGCCUGGUGACACCGGUGACCUCGUCUUCCUCCAGCUGGACUGCUGUGCAUUGGAGGAGAGCUGGUUUAUUACGCCUCCUCCAUGCUUUACUGCAGGUGGGCAUGCCCCAGUUCUGGUGGAGAUGAGCCCCUUGGAGAACCUCCUCAUAGAGCAUCCCAGCAUGUCUGUCUAUGCAGUGCACAGCCUUCGCCAUGGCCUGAAGGAAGCUACCAGAAGGUCUACUGAAAAAUCAAUACUGAGGCUUGGAGGCCUUCCAAGAAUGGGAGAACAUAUUGGCUGCUAUGCAGCUGCGAUUGCCACCCACACAAGUUUGCAAGAAGCCAAGCAUACACGACUCGCUCUUCGUGCCAAGGAGAAUGUGCAGAGGCAGAGAUUAACACGCAGCAGCCUACGUCGCCAGAACCUUGCCAAAGAGUGUCCUUCUCGUGCAAAUAAACAAGGUGGUUUUUUCAUACAGCAACCCUGCCAGAGGCAGUUUAAUUAUUAAUAUGACGGUGUCUGGAAAAUGUGUGUGUAUAGUGUUUUUUUUUUAUGUUACUCCUUUGAAUAUAUUCUUGCUUAUGAAAGCUUCCUGUUUUAAAUGUCCUUCCUUAGUUCAAGCAGCUCAAGUCAUUGGGCUAAAAAUCUACACUAUACACAUAGUGUACGCGUAUUUUUAUAUACUUUUUGUUUUCAUCCUUCACUUGCUCAAAUACUGACUCCUUGAUGAUUUGAAUUAGUACAGUGGCUUAUAAUUAAAAAUACCACA